CCCAGCCGGCCCAAGUACAAGCUGCCUCCACAAACCAACCUUCUGGCUCCCAAGCUGCAGUUCCAGGUACCAGAGGGUCUAUGUGCCAGCUCGCCUACGCUCACCAGUCCCAUAGAGUAUCCGUCACCAGUUAAUUCCUUGCAUACCCCACCUCUCCACCGGCACAAUGUCUUCAAACGCCACAGCAUGAGGGAAGAGGAUUUUGUCCGCCCUAGCAGUCGAGAGGAGGCCCAGCAGCUAUGGGAAGCUGAGAGAGCGAAGAUGCGUCAGAUCUUGGACAAGCAACAGAAGCAGAUGGUGGAAGAUUACCAAUGGCUCAGGCAGGAGGAAAAGUCCCUGGACCCUAUGGUGUACAUGAAUGAUAAGUCUCCAUUGACCCCAGAGAAGGAGGCUGGAUAUACUGAAUUCACGGGGCCUCCUCAGAAGCCACCACGACUGGGAGCUCAGUCAAUUCUGCCAACAGCCAACCUGGACCGGACAGACGACAUGGUGUACAUCAACGUCAUGGAGCUGGUUCGAGCUGUCCUGGAUCUCAAAAAUGAACUCAGUCAGCUGCCCCCAGAAGGCUAUGUUGUCGUGGUGAAGAAUGUCGGCCUAACCCUGAGGAAGCUGAUUGGCAGCGUGGAUGACCUUCUGCCCACUCUACCUCUGUCUUCACGAACAGAGAUUGAGGGGACACAGAAGCUGCUGAACAAAGACCUAGCGGAAUUAAUCAACAAGAUGCGUCUGGCGCAGCAGAACGCUGUGACUUCACUGAGUGAAGAAUGUAAGCGUCAGAUGCUCACAGCCUCCCACACUCUGGCUGUGGAUGCCAAGAACCUAUUGGAUGCUGUGGACCAGGCCAAAAUGGUCGCCAAUCUGGCCCGCCCCCCAGCCGAGUGAAUGGCAGGCAGCGUCCACCGAGAUGUACUGGUCCUGAAUGGGGCGGCUCUCCCGCCUGUGUGCCCCAACUCCCAAAUUUUGUGUCAUGCAUCCCCCUUCCCCUGCCUCUUGUCUUGCCUAAUGAUGUUUAUUUUCUUAGGGGACUGGCCUGGGGGCCAUUUGCACGAUCUCUCCCCCUUUUCUGCCCCCUGUUCCAUUAGCCCCCAGCCAGAAAAGGGCUGCCCACACCCCGCAGACUGUUAAGCCAAGAAGGCGUUUGUACAUACAGGACACUGGAUUGCAGAAGCUGGGAUAGUAGCAAUGGGAGCUUGAGGGUAGCUGCCUCCGUGCCCCUCCCCAGCCUAUCCUCCCUAGCCCACCCCACUUCUUUUACAUAGUGUGUUUAUCAGUGGAUCCCCAGUACCUGUGGAAACUGCCCUGGCUUCAUGCAUGGACACAGCAGCCAGUGAUUGGAAUUAAGCUGUUCAUUCUUAUAUUUCUGUGAUCAAUUAGUGAUUCCCUGGAGAACUCCAGGGUUAGCAGAGGUGCCAGUUGGAGUACAGAGGCAAGGGAGCCCUGUUCUAGGGACUGGCCUUGCGAGGAUGCAGACUGAACUGAUAUUCUUGUAUAGUGUAUAGAGAGAGGGGUUUAUUUAAUGUAUGUAUUGGUCUGUCCUGACCACCAUCUGUCCCAGCCAGGAAUGUCCCUUGCUAAAAGGGACCCAGGACAAGCCAAGAAGAACCUGGGUGGGGAAAGGAGACUGUUAGAGUGAAUAAUACAAGCACUGGAUCUGGAAGGUGAGAGAAAGAAGAGGCCAGAACAGGAAUUCUGGCCAUAAUUUACCUUUCUUACCUCUCACUUUCCUUCUUUUCUUCCUCCCUCUUUUCAUCUGUCUAUCUCUUUCUGCCUUCUCCCUC